AUGGAAGAUGAAGUCAAUGCUGUCGGUGUUUCCCUUCGUCUUCGUCUUCGUCUUCGUCUUUGCGCCUUUCUUUUGGUUGUUUUGGUGGAAAAGAAAGUCGAAGGCUGGGGCAACCGUCACGUGAUGUGCAUUUUUGGCUGCUGGAUGGGCGAAAGUGAAGGCGAAGGCGAAGACGGCGAGGUAGAGGCAGAUGACAUGCAUAAAGUAGGAGAUCAAGUAGAUGCAGAGGAAGAAGACUAUGGGGCCAGGCAGAUGACGACUAGACGAAUACCGGCAAUCACCUGUCCAUAUUACAUUUUACUGCUUUAUUCCUCCGUUUCUGCCGUUGUCUGCUGUGGUAUCAAUUUCUACUACCUCGACCUCGCACAGAAGUCAAAAGUGCGUCUCAUCUUCAGCCAACGAAGGGAUCAGAUAUCAAAACAGAUAUAUGAUAGAGGUAACUAA